AUGGCGGCAUCCCACAUGUUCUACUACUCCCUCUCAUAUCUCGGACUUUACCGGACCAAGCCAACGAAGCUCGUCUUCGUCGGGCUCAACCAUGCCGGGAAGUCAAGCCUGCUCCAAAAUUGUGCAGAUCAUGUGCCGGACUUCGCUGCGGCCACAUCGCACACAUCGCACCCCGGCUCAGACUCGGAGACGCUGAUCAAGGGCAACGUUUCAUUCACCACUCUCGACGUCGGCCGUCAUCACCGAGACCGCGAGCUAUGGAUAGAAAGCAUCCGUGGGGCCUUGGGUAUCGUCUUCAUGGUCGACGCCCACGAUACUAAGCGAUUCGACGAAGCCGCGGCAGAACUUCACGCCCUCUCUGCUGCCGAGGAACUUGAGGGAGUGCCGUUCUUAGUGCUAGGCAAUAAAAUCGACCAUCCCGAUGCAAUCACGACGGCACAGGUCAUCCGGGAUCGACUGCGGGUGGACGAAAUUCAAAACCGGCCAAUCAGGGUAUUCAUGUGCUCAGUAGCCGCAAGGCUGGGAUACGGGGAGGGUAUUGGAUGGCUUGCAAGCAAGAUAUAGUAGGGAACAGGUGAAAGACUUAUCUCAGAACCAGACUUCCUGGGCUGGUGCAGACCUAACACCAUACACCCUUCUAAUGUAAUUACUUCGGGGGCCAACAUCAGGGCUGCCACAUUCCAGAUCAGAUGACUUCAAUCUCAACGCCUGGAACUACCCGCUUACCCAAUACGCCUGGCCCUACGGGAAAGAAAGAUAACUUGAAAGUAACCUAGACAUCAAGACAAGGGCCAUCUCCCACUACGC